AUGGUAUGACACAAUCACAGGACUGAUCGUCUGUACUUUACAAGUGCUGUUACUGAUCGCGGUUACUAGGCGCAAGUAAUCUCCAACUCCGGCCACGACGACAUGAUUGUACGUAGAAAGAGCUUGCUACAUGGUGGAUGGUUAAUAUGGAUGCGAGACUGACCUUGUAUGGCACAGCACGAUGCGGUCCUCGACUACUACGGCAGACGACUUGCGACCUGCUCCUCCGACAAGACGAUCAAGAUAUUCGAAAUCGACGGCGACCAACACCGCCUGACCGAGACUCUCAAAGGCCAUGAGGGUGCAGUCUGGUCCGUCGCCUGGGCCCACCCCAAAGUCGGCACCAUCCUCGCCUCUUCCUCCUACGACGGCCGCAUACUUGUCUGGCGAGAACAGAGCAAUCAAUGGCAGCGCAUAUACGAAUUUACCCUCCACUCUGCCUCUGUGAACAUCAUCUCAUGGUCGCCUCCUGAGAUAGGCUGCCAUCUUGCGGCUGCCAGUAGCGACGGAACCGUGAGCGUACUCACCUUCGAGAACAACACCUUCUCCCACGCCCUCUUCCAAGCGCACGGGUUAGGCGUCAAUUCAGUCUCGUGGAGCCCUUCCAUUUUGCCGGGUCAGUUGACAAGUGCACAAGCCCCGGGUCAGCCGCCUGCGCCUGUGAGACGCUUCGUGACCGGUGGUUCAGACAACUUGGUCAAGAUUUGGAGCUACAAUCCCAACACCCAAUCCUACGACAACAUAUGCACGCUGCAGGGUCACUCUGACUGGGUGCGGGAUGUCGCAUGGUCUCCAACACCACUGUCGAAAUCAUACAUAGCCAGUGCAUCCCAAGAUCACACCGUGCGGAUAUGGACACUUCCCGCAGGCGCCGAAGUGAGCGACCCAAAUGCCUGGAAGAGUGAGGAGCUCAACCUCGAUGUUGUCGUCUGGCGUGUCAGCUGGAGUAUGGCGGGAAAUGUGCUCGCGGUUUCAUGCGGCGACAACAGGGUCAGUCUGUGGAAAGAGAAGCUCAAAGGUGGUUGGGAGGUUGUCAAGACCAUUGAAGAAUAA